AUUGUGCAAUGCUGACACAACACAACAAGGACCGGUCAAACAAAACAGCGCAUACAGUAAACAGACGAGCAAUUUCAGUUUUAGCCGGCGUGCGCGUCUUUAUAUAGCACUUGUACAGUCCUGAAAUAUCUUGCAAGCAGACUGGAGGCUGCAUUCGCCACUAACAAUGUCACUGCAGUUUUUCUAUUUAUUAUUGGAGAGAAAUCAUCAGUGUCUCUGAUCGAUCAGUUGGAUGACGUUGCAUGCAGGGAUCUGCAUAAACAUGAAUUCAAAAAUGUUACACUGAUAUUACGGGCGCUUGAGCAAGUAAUCUCCAAAGAUGAAGACUGCAUCAAUCAACUGGUGUGUCAGGGGUUAUUGGUCAAGAUAAGUGUCCCCUUUUAUUUGCCUUGCAGAUUUGAAAAAGAUAUUUAAACAAGUCCCACAGAUACAACUCAUAUAUAAAUAAUAUAAAAAACCCUGACAUUCGAUGGUUGGUGGUGGUUUGAGGCAGAAUGGAAUAGAUUUAUUUAUUUGGACUAUGCUGAAGUUGAUUAUAUAUUUGUAUAUAAAAAUGAUGUACAAUAGUAAUGUACCUACAAUGUUUGUUAAAAUGUACUCUUGUGGGGGCAGUGGUUGUUCUAAUAGUCUAACCUAAGGUCUUUCCUUUUUUUUUAAACCAUACAUGCUAAAUUGGUUUGAGAUGGUUUGUGAGCAUCUAAAAGUGCUGCAGAAACCAAACAAGGCUCCAAUGCGGCUCAUGGAAGUGUUCUGUGAAGUGUCAAUGAGACUUUGCCAGAGCAAUGCUGAAGGCAGCAUUAAGAUUUUGGAGAUUCUUUUACUGAGGUUUGGAGCUGUUGUUAUUGACCAAGAUGUACAUUUCAAUCUUCGUCUAGAGGCCAUUAAGACAAUAAAUUCAAUGUUGGACAGUGCUUCAAAAGACACUCGUAAAAAAAUAUGUCAGUCUGAUCAUAGUUCUCUGCUAGAGGAGUUUGCUAAAGUGAUAAUUGAUGUUGGUGAUUAUGAAAUGCAGGUGGCCAUUUCCGAGGCACUCUGUCGGAUGACGCCAAAGAAAUUAAGGGAGGAAUUGGUUGGCAAGUGGUUCAACUACAGAAGCUUUGCUUCAACUUUCACAACAAUAAGAGUUAAAGAGUUUGAAACGGACUGUAGGAUAUUUCUGAAUGAACUCAACAGCUAUUUUGGAAGCUCAAGAAGAGUGUUUUCAUAUCCAUGCAUACGGGCAUUUCUAGACACCACUGAGUUGUUUAAACCUGAGGAUGAACUUUUGCAGAAGUUCUGGAUAGACUUCAACAUUGGGACAUCUUGCAUUGGCUUCUAUGUAAAUGACCCACAAGAAACCCUGUGGGAACUUAUUCAUUUGCCUAAAGAAGCUGUCAGUUCAUACAACUUACAAGAAUGUGAUGAUCAGAGCAUCUUGAACAUUCACAUGUUGCUUCCUGUGGGUCAUGGACAGAUCACUGGAAAAAUGGUGCAGAUUACCUUUGACUCUAAGCAUGAUAUUCAAACUGCUGUGAACAAAGUCUAUGCUGGAGGAGAUGAAUUACAGCUGCUAGAGACGGGAAAGCAUGCUGUAUUUAGUCAGGAAGACUCAGGAAUUCCAAUUACUCCAACUGAAAUUAAACAGACAUUCACCAGUCCUCCUAUCACAGAGACUACAAAAAAAGCUCAAGGUUUCUAUGCUCUUCAAAGUGGUCCUGGGAAAUGGUCAUCACAUAAGUGUAGGACGUUCCCAACAGAAGACAAAUAUUCUUUAAUAAAUGAUUCCAACACAGAGCCUGUAGGUGUGUCAUUGGGGAAAACAUUGCAGAGUGCACAGGUGGCACUGGCUAAAGCUGUCUUCAGUCAGUCUGUCUCUUCUAAUGGGUCUGUCAGUUCUGUUAAGUCAUUUCCAUCUGCAAAAUCUACACAAAAGAGGAAAAUUAGGAUGUUUCACUCUGAAAGUGACAGCUGUGUGUCACCUGGUGAGAGACCUUUGCUUAAAUGCAAACCUCAAUGUGACUACACCAGGGAAAAAACACGGCUGAAGAGUAAACUCAAAGUUCUCCCACUUUCCUCACCAAGUAGCAGUGAAGAGAAGUACUUUAAGCAAUCAACCCCUAAACACAAAAUGGAGAGAGAGAGGUGUGAAGGAAUUGAUGGGAAGCAGACUCUGGAUCUUUCCCACCAACCCAAGGAGUCCGUUCUGGAUUCAAGGUUCCAAGACGAGACAUUUCUUGACGAUUCUGUCUUCACAGAGGAGGAACCUGUUGGAUCUAUUGAGGAAGACACUGUAGACAAAGAACCAUCUGUGCCUCUAAACAAAAGACUACUGCCAUUGGCAGAAUUGAAUAUGUGUUGUGACGAUGGAAGUGAGGAGCAGCUCUCAUUCUCUACACUCAAACCCAGAAAACUGUUCAUCUCUCCCUCACUGGAGAAUGCUAAAGCAAUAACCCAAGCAUUGAUGGAAGAUGAACAAUCUGAGGCAGAGUUGAGUUCUGGAGUCAUGGCUGCCUUUGAUUCUUUUAAAGGUCAACUAAGAGAACACUUUUCUUCCAGGUAUAAGAAGACUGAAACAAAGUCACUGAGAUCUUUGACUGACUGCCAGAAAACUGUAUCCUCUUUGCUAAAAACAGUGCAUGAUCAAAGGCUUAUUCAUUUGGAAUGCUUCCAGAAUACUGUAGUGCAGCAGCUGGCUCAGCUGGAGCAGAACUGUCUUUCCCUGAAGAACAUUGAGAGAGAAACUCUGGGUUUUUGGCGGUCGGUGUCUGAUAAAGUGAGAGCAUUCUGUAAUAAACAGCAAAAGAGGUUGGAUUCUCUAGAGUUACUUAGAGAGGGGGUCCAAGUCCACCAUAGGCAAGCAGAGGGAACAGAAGCAAUGCCUAGUGUGGCACGAAAGGGACAGCUCCACGUCAAAACCAACGGCGACCAGAAAACACGUGACGGUAGGGUGGAGCCGCCAACACACCUCCAGCCAGUGAUUGGUACGCCGACCGGAAAAAAUCCACCAUCCAGCAGACGAGGGAAGAGUAUAAGAGGCCACUCUCCCGCUCGCCCAGAGAGAAGUAUCUUGUGUGACAUGUGCGCAUCUCUUCUCCCCAAUAACCGUCAUUUGUUCGACUUUUGGCAUUUUCUAAUCUCUCUCUCUCUCUCUCUCUCUCUCUCUCUCUCUCUCUCUCUCUCUCUCUCUCUAACUGUAACUGUAACUGUGCGUGUGUGUGUGUGUGUGUUCACUCCUACAGACAACUCGGACCCAGACGAGGCCGCUGCUCGCUGAACACAUACACACGGCGUUGCCUGAUGACACGAGAAAGCCCUCACGCUUCCGGGAAGCACCGACAGGCCCCCGGAAGAAUCUGCAAUGCCAGCCGCACGCAAAUCCACACACACCCCUCCUCAACCCUAAAACAAAGAAAAUAAGAGCAAACUUCCCUUAUCACCUGACAAACAGCCUCCUGUGUGUCUGUGCUCCGCCCCUCACGGGCUAUAUCCCUACAACGUCGAUAAUGCGACUAAAACAGGAGUACUCCACAUGUCUUAAUUCGAUUUGUGUUUACUUCGAGUAUGAUCUUAAUUGGAUUAAGGUAAUUAAAAAUUGCUGUUUACAUGGUAGUUUCUUAAUCAGAGUAUUGUCUUAAUCGGGUUAAUAUUGGAUUAUUUUUGUCCAUGUAAACGCACUGAUUUAUGGAACAGCUUUCCAAUUAAGGUUCAGGACAGUGUUUAAAUCUAGGUUGAAAACAUGUUUGUUUAGUCAAGCCUUUUGUGAAUAGUUUUUUCUUAGGUAAAGGAGCAGAUCUGGAGGGCUCAUUGGCACAUGGGUGUUGUGCUGAACUGAGAUGUUUGGAAAUCACUCACUGCUGCUGAGGUUGGCCCCACAUGGACAGCCUGAAGAUCAUUGAGAUUAUUGAAGAUGGUACCACUUACAAACCAUGAAGAUGGCUUUGGCCCACAAUUCAUAUUCAUAUUCAUAAUUAGUUAUGCUAUGAUGGCUUAGGACUACAAUUGCUAUGAGAGCUUUAGGACUGCAAUUGCCAGGAACAGUUUUGCACUCAUGUGAGUGAGGUUCCUCUCAAGGUUUCUUCCUCAUGUAGUCUCAUGGAGAUUUUCUUUGCCACUGUCAUCUCUGGCUUGAUCAUUCAGGAUAAAUUCAUACAUUUAAAAUGUAUGUACUAAAUUUACAUGGUGCUUGAAAGUUUGUGAACCUUUAUUAAAUUCAAUUCUGUUUUAUUUGUAUAGUGCUUUUAACAAUGGACAUUGUCCCAAAGCAAAUAUAUAAAUUCAGGAUUUAGAAUUUUCUACAUCUAUGCAUAAAAUAUGUGUAUGGACAAGAUGGCGCUUAUGAGUCGUUUGGCAUGUCGUUGUCAGCUGUUUGUGUUCUAUGUUUUAUUUGUUUUGUCCCAUUUUUAUCUUUGUUUGCUCAGCGAGUCAGUUCUCUUUGUGCUCAUGAACACGAUUUCCUUUUAAGUCACCGAAAGUCGGUAGUGGUGGUAAUGUCCCGUUGGCAUUCAGUCUGAAGGAAACGUAACAGGAGACAGGGCAAGUGAGGUGGUCUGUUAGUGAAACAGAGAAGAGCAUGUGCCUUUGUUGCCAGUCUGGCCGGCAUGUGGGCUUUGCAGUGGAUGUUUUUGGCCCAUCGCUCCAGGGUGUCUCACUGGGCCAUUGUGAUGUAAGGUACUCUUACCUGCCUGCGGUUGUUCCCCAGCUCCGGGAUGUGUCAUCUGAUUAUAAAGUAAUGUGACGGCAUUUUAAGAAGAGGGGGUCAGCCCUGAUAAUCUUCAUCCUCUGGAGUAUGUGCCAUCUUUACCUAAAUGGACUGAGGCAUUUACUUUUAUUACUGUGAAGAUGGCCCUAUAAAAUAUUAGGUCUAUGGUUAAUAAGACAUUUUAAUUAAUGAUCUUAUUUGUUCACAUGACCUGGAUUUUCUUUUUAUGACUUGGCUUAGUGUAUGUGAUUGGGUCUCCCUUGAUGAAGCCUCUCCUGGUGACUAUAAUUUUCUGAACUCUCCAAGGACUGUGGUUCGUGGUGGAGGGUUGCUACAAUUUUUAAGAGCUGCUUUAAAUGUAGGCUUGUAUCGGUUAUUAAGUUUGUUAGUUUUGAGGUGCAAGUAUUUAAAGUGGACUUGACUAGGCUGGUUACUUGUGCACUUAUAUACAGACCUCCUAACUAUAACAAGGAGUUCACUGGGGAAUUCCCUGAAUUUUUAUCUUUUAUGAUUCCUUGUUGGGAUACCAUUGUCAUAUUGGGUGAUUUUAUUAUUCAUAUUUGCUGUCCUGAUAAGCCUCUGGUACAAGAUUUUUUUAACAUUGUUGGAUUCUUUUAACCUUACUCAAUUUGUAGUGGGCUCUGCGCACAAGUAGUGAUUUGGUACUGUCCUAGGGUGUCCCGGUGUGUGAGCUGGCUAUAGAAAAUAUUGGGCUCUCAGAUAAUUUUUCAAUUAUGUUUAAUGUGACUCUUGCUGGGCUUACUCGGUCCAUAAAUGUUUGGUCGGCCGCUAAGUUUUUAGAGGUGUAUAAUUCCCAUUGGCAGGCACUAGCAAUUGAUUGUGCUCCAUCCAGUUUAGAUGAGUUGGUGGUCACCUUUAACACCAUGUGUAAUGAUUGAAUGUUUGGAUUGUAUAGCUCCAUUUAAACAGGUAAAAUCGAAAGACUCACCUCUGUCCAUUUAGCUAUUUUUGAUUCUGAGCUGAAAUUUGAUAAACAAAUUAAUGGUGUGGUAAAAGGUAGUUUCUUUCAGUUGAGGGGCAUUGCCAAAUUGAAAAGCAUCUUGUCUUUCAAUGAUAUGGAAACUGUGAUUCAUGCUUAUUUCAUCCAGACUUGAUUACUAUAAUUCUUUAUAUCUGGGGUUGAUUUCACGUAUGCAGUUGGUGCAAAAUGCAGUGGCCAGACUGUUAACUGGCAUGAGGAAAUGCUCCAGUAUCUCUCCACUGCUGACUUCUCUACACUGGCUUCCUGUUGAUUUUACAGUGCAAUAUAAGGUCUUGCAUAUGGUUUUUAAAGGUUUACACAGACUUGUUCCAGAAUAUAUUUACAGCCUGUUACAGCAUCAUUGUGCUGCUAGACCUCUAAUAUCAUCUCUCAGUGUCUUUUUAAAUGUCACAAAAUCUCGAUUGAAAACAGAGGGAGAUUGUGCCUUCUUGGUGGCAGAGCCAUGCCUCUGGAAUAGCCUCCCCCUGCAUAUUAGAUCCUGUGACUUAAUUGAAAGUUUUAAAUCUAUGUUGAAGAUGCAUCUCUACACUGUUGCAUUUAAUUGUCCUUAGAUGCAUGGAGAUUGAAUAGUGGAGUUUUGUGUGUUUUAUUGUAUGUGUGUAUUGGUGUUUUCUAAUUUUGGGAGUGUAAAGCACUUUGGUCAACUUGUGUUGUUUUUAAAUGUGCUAUAGAAAUAAAUGUUGAUUGAUUGAUUGAUUGAUUGAUUGAAAUAUGAUCUAAAACAAUCAGAGUUUCACACAUCCUAAAAGUAGAUAAAGAGAACUCAAUUAAACAAACAAGACAAAAAUAUUAUACUUGGUCAUUUUUUAUUGAGGAAAAUAAUCCAAUAUUACAUAUCUGUGAGUGGCAAAAGUAUGUGAACCUUUGCUUUCUGUAUCAGGUGUGACCCCCUAGUGCAGCAAUAACUGCUGAUAAAUGUUUCUAUUAACUGUUGAUCAGUCCUGCACAUCCGCUUGGAGGAAUUUUAGCCCAUUACUCAGUACAGAACAGCUUAAACUCUGGGAUAUUUGUGCAUUUCCUCACAUGAACUGCUUGCUUCAGGUCCUUCCACAACAUUGCUAUUGAAUUAAUGUCAGGACAUUGACUUGGCCAUUCCAAAACAUUAACUUUAUUCUUCUUUAACCAUUCUUUAGUAGAAUAACUUGUGUGCUUAGGGUCAUUUCUCUUGACAUUUUCAUUUAGAAUUUGCUGGUAUAAUUCAGAAUUCAUUGUUCCAUCCAGGCCCAGAUGCCGCAAAACAGGCCCAUACCUUGAUACUACCACUACCAUGUUUCAAAGAUGGGAUAAGGUUCUUAUGCUGGAAUUCAGUGUUUUCCAUUCUCCAAACAUAACACUUCUCAUUUAAACCAAAAAGUUCCACUUUGGUCUCAUCCAUUCACAAAACAUUUUCCCACUAGCCUUCUGGAUUGUACAUGUAAUCUUUAGCAAACUGCAGAAGGGUGGCAAUGUUCUGAGCAAUGAUUUUUUUUCCUUGCAACACUGCCAUUCACACCAUUGUUGUUCAGUGUUCUCCUGAUGGUGGACUCGUGAACAUUAACAUUAGCCAAUGUGAGAGAGGCCUUUAGUUGCUUAAACAUUACCCUGGGUUCCUUUGUGACCUCGUGGACUAUUACACAUCCUGCUCUUGGAGUGAUUUUUGUUGGUCUACCAGUCCUGAUGAGGGUAACAAUGGUCUUGAAUUUCCUCAAUUUGUACACAGUCUGUCUGUGGAUUUGUGGAGAUCAAACUCUUUAGAGUUGGUUCUGGAGAAAGGUUUGCCACAUUGUGAUUGGAUCUUAGUGAAUGAAUGUAAACAAAUGCCUGGCAUCAUCAGAUAAGCUGCUAAAACAACUGCCAGACACCUCUUACAGGGCAGGGAAGGAGACACCCCCCCCACCCCCCCAUCACCCACAUCCACAUGAAGAAGGACUUCUCAUUGGUCCACAAAUUGACCCUAACCACUAAACUCAUUCUUAAGAUUUAGGCCAGCACUGCCAUAAAAAUUCCUUAGGACAUCUGGAUGCAGCAGCAGUGGCUGAAACAAAGAAAGGCCACAAAGACCAAUGCAAUCCAUUCAUACAUAUGUUUUGAAUCCUUAAAUUUGACAGUGUAACACAUCCACUUCACAUUCAUGUAAAGAUCAGUUUAUGUUAAUGGAUAAUGAUUGUUGACACAACAGUUUAUAUGAGCUGACUUAUUAAUGCAUAAAUGAAUGCAUGGGUGAUAGUUCAACCACUUCUUAUCAUGUUUUGGACUCUGUGUGUUCUGCACAAUGACUAUCAUAUUUGAAAGAGGUAUUGAAAGAAAUAAUGCCUAGGCACUUUAAAGACACUUCUCCAACUGUGUACUUUACACUAUGCAACACUCUAGAGUGGGCUAUACUGUGGCCACUUCUGACAUCAAUAGCCAAUCACAUCGCUGGAAUAGAAAGGCACCAGAUUACAAUCUCCCCCUUAUCAGAAGGGAACAAAGGUUGCUCCCUAAUCAUUCUGAGUUUCUACCUCACAAGGAAAGAACAUUAACAGAAACAGCACGUUCUGAGUCUUUGGCCUGUGAGGUAGAAGACCUUAACCCUUAGCUCCUGAUGAAUGCUGCGGUGCAUUCUGCUGGAUGUUUUCCUCAUGACAGCGGAAAAAACUUAAAAUACUCCAUCAUUUUUGGCCAUACAGAUAAGUGUUAGACAUCAUUAGAAACUAUAAUGUGUCUACUUUUAUUUGUGUCCACUCACAACAACAAAACCUUGUGCUUUUGUAAAAUAAAGAAAAUAAACAGGGUGCGCUUUCAGCUGUCUCUAUCUCCGCAAGAAUCUUUCUGGAACACAUCACAACAAUUAACUGAAACUCAGCGAAUAUUUAUUACACAAACAUGAAACAUAUGUAUAACGAACGCCUGAAAUGUCUACUUUUAAAUAAAAAAAUUCACAUUUAAAACAAAUAUUGUCCUGCAGUGUAAUCUGUAUGAAACUAAAGAGAUGCACAGUUUCUCCUGGCUCAGCUAAUUAUCGUUAAUGCGAUCACACCCACGCGCAGAGCGCGCUAUUCAUAUGGUAAUGUGAUUAGGCGAUCUAUGCAAAACGGUAAAUGCCCCCAACACUGCCUUAAAAAGCAUCAAGUUUCAUCAUCAGAUUUAUUCACUGGUCACUGCAGUGCAUUCUGCUGCAUUUUUUCCUCAUGACAGCGGAAAAAAAUUAAAAUACUCCAUCAUUUUUCAAGUGUAUUGAGCGAGUAGGCUACGCCUAGGUGGAUGAGUGGGCUCAUACAAACCAUCCACUUUCUGUAAUACGUUCAUCUCUCCCUAUGUGCACUGGACACUUCAAUUAUUUUUCUUUCAUUUUGCAAUUGUUUUCAACAUUGAUAAUAAUAAUAAAUGUUUCUUGAGAAGCAAAUCAGCAUAUUAGAAUGAUUUCUGAAGGAUCAUGUGACACUGAAGAAUGGAGUAAUGAUGCUGAAACUUUAACUUUGAUCACAGAGUAUAAAUUGCAUUUUACAAUAUAUCCAAAUAGACAACAGUUAUUUUAAAUUGUAAACAUAUUUCACAAUAUCACUGUUUUGCUGUAUUUUAGAUCAAAUAAAUGCAGCCUUGGUGAGCAGAAGAGACUUCUUUUAAAAAUAUUUGAAAAUCUUACGGAUCUAAAACUUCUGAAAGGUAGUUUAGGUCUAAAGUUUUUUAAGUAAAGUCUUUAUGUUAAAAAAAUGUAUAGUGAGAUAACUUCUUUUAACUUAAAUUUGAUUUUGUGAAAUAAGCUACAAACAAUACAUCAAUCACGAAGUCUCCUCACUUCACACUUCUAGUUCCCACAUUCACAUUCCUCAUUGAUAGGCUCAGGGGAGGGGUCUUUGUCUCCUCAGGUGUGAAUCACAUCAAUAUUCAUGAUGAUUCAUGCCACCUUGCAUGCAGUCUUUCUGUCACUAAAAGUGACUUACAAAAGUGAAAUGACUAUAUUGUUUUGUAUGAAUGAGUGAUCAGGAUGGUUUUCACAUCAUGUAGCAAAAACUCUUGGCUACAGAUCCAGUUCUAGGCUAAAAGAUCAAAAUCUUGUGGACAAAUGUUUAGUAUGUGUUAUAUGUCCUUAUUUCAGUGACUUAAAAUUUUAGUUUUUUCAAAAUCCAUGCAUAAAUGUUAUUUUCUCAAAAUACAAACAUGUACGUACAUACAUGCUGCUCACAUAUUAUUGUAGCCUUGUUUCUGUUGAAUACAGUGUAAUUAGACUUUAGCCAUUAAUAUGUUUAUAAGCAACUGAAAAAAACCCACAAAUGUCAAGGCAUGUCAAAACUUCUCCAGAGCCCCAAAACACCCUCAGGGCCCAGAGGGUUAACAGAAACAACUGUCCUGAAUCUCUGACCUGACAAGGAGAGUGGCACCGGUAUUAUUAACAUUAAGCUUUUGCAAGUGAAACCUUCCCUUCAAGGCUCCUUCAGCUGCGUGUUCCAGACUGUAAGGAUCCCCGCAUUGGCAGAUAUUGCCUAACCCACACGGCUCCUCAGUGAUGCAGCCCAGCCUUCAAAAAAACCCUGUGAUGAAUUCUUCAUCUGACUCAACUGCAUAGUCCAGACUUUAAGGACCUUCCUGGCACAAGAGGAGUUCAGAAUUCUCCAGCACAGCAUGGCAAAGACUAUUGGAACGUGAUUCUGUGCCUUUCCCACUGCACACAAUCCGCAUCACCAGUGGAAGACGUCUCUUCCACCAGACUGUUUAGAACGUAAAUAUAAGCUUACCAGACCUUGGCAUUUGUUUAUAAUUGCAGUAUGUGUUUGUCUAAUUUAUUUAGAUAACAAUUAUCUCGGGUCAACCCAUGACAAAUAAUUGAAUUUAAAAAAUAAACAUUUUUUUUCGGCCAUUUGCCAGAGCCUUUAAGUAGUUUCCCCCUAAGAUGUUUGCUACCAUAUACUGUAAAUCUCUUCCAUUGCUACAUUCAACCCAACAGCAUUGCAUUUAUCCAUUCUGUGUUCACCUCAUGUAUUAUUUUUCAUGUGUUAAUUUGGCAUCUUUUGUUUAGUCAUUAGUUUAUUAUUCAUUAGUAGUGCAUAUUCAUUUAUUAUUUCUGAUAUUUAUUCUUGCAUGUCUAGUGUUAAAAUUAAUUAAAUUAAUUUUAUUACAACUGUGUCUUCCUUGUGUUGAUGGUCAGAGGCUCUACUAAUUAUCCAGAAUCUCACAAAUCCUUCGGAUAAGUCAGUUGGCAACCACCCUCUAAUUCACAUAAAUUCUAAUUUAUUGAACAGUCCGUUUGGAGUAUUCUCACACUGUUAAGGUGAAAUUAGCUUAUACAACCACCUUAAGUGAUGUGUGACCAAAACUCAGUAUGUCACUGUGCCUUGAGUAAAAAUCACUACAUAAUUGGUGCCCAUCUGAGACUUAACUAAGCUUGAAAUGAGCCUUCUGUUUAUCAACACAAAGGAAUGCACCAAUAAUUGCAAGCAUAAUAGCUUUAGCAGGAAACCAAAAAUCUCAGUUUGGUCAGUUACUAGUUGCAUACCAGGUGGUUCCUUCCAGGCCUGAUUCAUAGAUUUCUUGUUUAGCUCUAUGCUACUAUUUGUAAACAGUAUUUAUUGCAGUUUAUUUGUUUAUGGUAAAUAGUGUUGCGGUAAAAGCUUUGGACCAUUUUACAGUGGCAUAGGUCUGGUAAAGUUUCCUGUCUUAGUAAACUGUAGUAUUAGCAGACAUUGUAGUUGUUAAUUAUAACUACUUGCCACCAAAGUAUAGUGAAGGGCUUGUAUACCUUGGAAGUCUAUCAAAUUGAUUGAGUUUCUGUAUGAAACUUGUCACCACUAUUCUGUGUGUGACCUCUGUUGUCCCUGUGAAAACUAUCAAUCUUCAAACUACAACAUCAAAAUAUCAAUCUUUUUGUGGUAAACAUAAGAGACAAAUUAAUUGCUAAAAUAUCUGGGAUGGCUGAUUGAACUCUACGUGAACAGCUGGUUGUAGACCUAACCAGUGCUGUUAAUCCAGGCUGCAUAGAAACAAUCAAGGGCUUAGACUAUGAUGAAGCAGCUAAUAGCUGAAGCAGCAGGGUACCCCGCAAGUCAAACUUCUCUCUAGCCUAGCAGUAAAUUGGGUUGCUCAGUUAAGCCAAGUUAUAGACAGGAUAUCUCUGGCCAAUGAACAGAUCAGGGAUAGUGAUAUGAGGACCCAAGGCCUAAAGAGUGAACUGGCUGAUCUGCAUCAUGAAAAUGUGAACUUAGUAGG